AUGAAGGCUUUGAAUGAAGGCUCCACCAAAUCUGCUUUGGCAACGAGGAGAAGAAGAAGAGAGGGAAGAUCAUACCUGCGACUGCAAAGCCCCAGAUCUGCUGCUGUUUGCUGUGCUGUAUACUAUUUGGUGUGUGACUCAAGUCAAAUGUGUUAUGUUCUCUCAGUUUAUGGGCUACGCAAUGAUGGAAUUAAAGAAGGAGAUCAGGUGAUACUAUUGGAACCAUGUUACCGCUAUGUUGAUAUAUCUUGGAAGGGAAAGUUCGAACAUCAAUAUAUGCACAGCAUAAACCCUAAACAGGCUUCAGUCCUUGCUGUGAGUGGCAAUAGAUUGCUUUGGGAUUGUGGAAUAUGUGAAGACCAUUUUGCCUUCUUUCUUUUGGUUUUGGGCGUUUCAUUCCGUGUUCCGGGUGCUUUCUUUUGA